GUUUAAAUUGCGCGUUGAAGCGAUAUAUUUCAGUCUUAAUUGUCUACUUCUAAACCGCGUAUUUUCUUUCACUUUCAGUAAGAUGCGUUUUCUCGUGCCGAUAUUAGCCAUCGUGUUGGUCACCUACCACACGUUCCAGCCCCAUGUAGCCAACGCGCGACGAACCGGAGAGUACAAUGCGUACAAAUCAGGUCAACUUCGAGGAUUUCUCGAGAAAUUUAAGGAGACGAUGAAGAAAGGAGAUCAAAAACAUGGUGUUCCUGUUCUCGAUCCUUUCGUGAGCAAGCACGAGCAUAUAGAUCUUAAAGAAAAAGGAUUGUUCUCAGCAAAAGGAGACCUGGACAACUUACGCGUGGCUGGUUUAUCCGACUAUCAAGUAAAUCAAGGUGAUUUCACGAUAGCUGGUCUUAAAGCCAACGUAGCUCUUCUGUUCCGGCAAAUUAACAUUAUGACUCGGUACAAUGUGAGUGGUACGCUCAUCGAUGAAAUUUCCUACUACGGACGUGGAAACCUAGCCCUCGUCAUUAGGAACCUUAAUGUGACGGCAGACUUGAAACUGGCGGUAAAGAACGAGAGAAUGCAGGUUUCAAACCUCGUAAUCCAUGCCCAUGUAAAGGAAUUCGACUGCGUUAUCACCGGAUUGUACGACGACGAAAAUUUGUCCAAGGUCAUAAGCAGAUCCAUCACCAAGAUGGUACCAGAUUUGCUCGAGAAGUAUCAAAAUCGAAUAUCGCAAUACGUGAGUAAGGUUGCUACAAAUGUGAUGAACAACAUUCUGAAACAGUACACGCUGAAGGACUUGCUGGACAUGAUUAGCCAUUAAUCGAUAAUACUUAAUACAUCUUCCUGCAUCUAGCAAAUAAAUUGAAGUAAACAUAAA